UACAGGCGUGAGACACUGCGCCUGGCCUCCUAAUUUUAAUACUCCUGAUAGACUCCCAUCUCUAUGUGUUCUCACACCAUAACCUGAGCUUGCCCAGCCUCCUCCCGUAUUUGAUCUGUCAACCUUCACCUGGCCCUCAAGCUGCCCUGGCCUCCUGGUUUUAGCCUGGCCUAAUCUAGCCCAUCUUGCUGCUGAAACUGGCUAUCAAAAUUCUGAUUGUCCUUCAACAGUGAAAACAUUUUUACCAUACAAUCAGAAAUGUCCCACUAGUUCUCUCAGUUGACUCUCCAGCCCAGUAAGAAAAGGUACCAUGUAUUGAGUUUUUACUGUUAUAUGUUAACAAAUAGAAGGUUCUCUCAAAUAAAGUACUAUAAUAAUUCCCCACCUUCCCAACGAGAAGACUCAGAGCAAAUGUUUUGGGUUAACCUAUGUAAAAGUUUAGAAAUGUAUAUGAGAUAUUAGAAAAUUUACUCCUUAUAUUAGGAGUGUCAUAACACUUGUUAUGCAGAUUAAUAACUGGAGUGAUUUCUUUCUUGAUUGAAUAAUUUUAUUCAACUUCUUCACGUGCAUCUGUGUGCUGGCACUGAAACAAAAGUCUUCUUUGAGCCAUCCUUGUAUCACAGCACAGCAUCUCCACUUCUGCCCAAGUUGUUUGAGCUAUAUAGCACUUCUUCAGUCUCCAUAUGUGAUCCUUUUCUGGGAAUAUCAUUGACCAGCAUUUUUUUUUCCUUUUUCCAUUUAUCCUAUAAGUAUAUAUGCAUGAAAUAAUGUUUAAGUAACUUGUUUCUUCUAACAUCCAACCCCUCCAAUUGGGAGGUCACGUGCUCACAAAUAAUUACUAAAUCUGUAUUAAAGGUUUUGCCUUUUCUCACCUUUUCUACUGAUAUCAUCAAGUGAUUUCUAUUUUCAUCCAAAUUUGGCAUUGACUGAAGUUGUUACAGGCUGCCGUGUCUUCCCCAGACAAUAUAUUGUGGUCAUAGUAAUUAGAGUCUUUGCAAGGAUUUGAAGAUAAAGCUGCUCCCUGGUUUCUGAGGGAUUAACAUUUUGUAGGGGUAAAGGGAGGUACCCCACCCUGUAUUUAGAUGCCUGUGGUAUCUCCCAGGCAAAUUCUUUGAGCUUUCCAUGAACUAUCUCUUUUAAUUCCCCCAGCACUCCUGAAGGAUAUCAGGAUUUUUAUCUCCAUUUUACAAAGGAGGGAACCAAUUCUCAGAAAGAUCAAGUAACUUUCCCACGGAUAUAUACAGCUGUAAUACACCAGGUUUCUCUGACUCUAGAGAGUCUUGGAGACUUAGUCUUACGGUUAUGUUCUUAACCGUACCAUACUCUUGAGCAAAAUUCCAGACUGUUCUUUUUUUCAGGUGGGAGGAGCAUGAUACCCUGUCACAAGCUUUUACUUAAUCAUUCUUUUUUUAAAAAAAAGUAAAUUUAUUAUUUUUCCUAUAUUCUAUAUGUUUUUCUCUCUUCCUUCAAGCAUAAUGUAUUUUAAUUAUUUCCUAUUCACUGAAUGACUUUAAUAGUAAUGAUUUCAUUAAAUGCAAAUGGUGAAAUGAAUCUUUUCUGAGACCACAUCACUCUGCCAAGAUUUUCUGUUGUGGCUGGCAUCUCUGAUUAAUUUUACUAAGGUUGUUCCAUGGAAUUCUGAGUUUCUUUCUGAGUGGAAAAGCUGUUGACAUCAACUGGCUGUGAGUAGCAAAGUUGAGUUAAAUAUUAUUUUUAUUUAUAUUCAUUAAAUUCCCAGCCUCAUCCAGAACAAGCGUAGAACGAAGAGCCGAAAUUGAAGUUUAGAUUUGUACAUGGCAUUGCCUAUCUCUGAAUAAUUAUCCAAACUAAAGCUUGCAUUAUCAAUGAAGUUUAGAAAACAGUAGAUGACAUUUCAUCAUGUUUUAAAUGUGUAGUAAAGAAAGCCUUUGAGUGGCCAAAAGAAAUAGCAGAAGUUUUUCAGUUGUUUUUAUUUUCCCAUUUCUCCCGUGACUCAUAUUGAAAGGCUUUUGUUUCUAAUCAAAGCAACAAACAGUAUGGUCAUUUCCUUGAGAUUAUAUGGCAGCGGAAGGCGUCGGGGGUUUUAAGUUCCUACUUCCACUGGUUUGUAGUUGGAGAAAAUGCAAGCACAUGCGCGCAGGCGCACACACACACACAGCACACAAGUCACACAAGUGCUUAAUACGUGUGUCUUUUGUCUUAAGCACUGUCUUCAGUUCCUUUAAAUGAGCCGAGGUCAUGAUGGUUCAGAGAUGACAGAAGGCAGGCACUGCCAGGUGCACCUCCUGGAUGAUAGGAGACUGGAGCUGCUGGUUCAGCCCAAACUUUUAGCAAGAGAGUUGCUGGACCUAGUGGCUUCACAUUUCAACCUGAAAGAAAAGGAGUAUUUUGGAAUAACAUUCAUAGAUGACACAGGUCAGCAGAACUGGCUACAGUUAGACCACCGAGUUCUUGACCAUGAUUUGCCAAAGAAACCAGGCCCAACUGUUUUGCACUUUGCUGUGAGGUUUUACAUUGAGAGCAUAUCGUUUUUAAAGGAUAAAACCACCGUGGAACUGUUUUUCCUGAAUGCAAAGGCCUGCGUGCACAAGGGGCAAAUCGAAGUAGACAGCGAAACCAUCUUCAAGUUAGCCGCGUUUGUUUUACAGGAAGCCAAGGGAGAUUAUACCAGUGAUGAGAAUGCCAGGAAAGAUUUAAAGACAUUACCAGCCUUUCCAACCAAAACUCUUCAGGAGCAUCCAUCCCUUGCCUACUGUGAGGACAGGGUAAUUGAGCAUUAUUUGAAAAUCAAAGGUCUCACUCGGGGUCAGGCUGUGGUUCGGUAUAUGAAAAUAGUAGAAGCUCUACCAACUUAUGGUGUCCAUUAUUAUGCAGUAAAGGAUAAGCAAGGACUUCCUUGGUGGCUUGGAAUCAGCUAUAAGGGAAUUGGCCAGUAUGAUAUACAAGACAAGGUGAAGCCUCGGAAGUUAUUCCAAUGGAAACAGCUGGAGAACUUAUAUUUCCGUGAGAAAAAAUUUGCUGUUGAAGUUCAUGAUCCACGAAGGAUUUCAGUUUCAAGAAGAACCUUUGGGCAAAGUGGCCUCUUUGUGCAAACAUGGUAUGCUAACUCUUCUCUCAUCAAGUCCAUUUGGGUAAUGGCAAUUAGUCAGCAUCAGUUUUACCUGGACAGGAAACAAAGCAAAGCAAAAAUUCCUUCAGCCAGGAGUUUAGACGAGAUUGCAAUGGAUUUGACAGAGACAGGAACACAAAGGGCCUCCAAGCUGGUGACACUAGAGGCGAAAAGUCAGUUCAUCAUGGCAAGCAAUGGCAGUUUAAUCUCCUCAGGUUCUCAAGACUCAGAAGUUAGUGAGGAGCAAAAGAGAGAAAAAAUCCUUGAACUAAAGAAGAAGGAGAAACUAUUACAAGAAAAACUUCUGAAAAAAGUUGAGGAGCUUAAGAAGAUCUGUCUGCGGGAGGCUGAGCUCACAGGCAAAAUGCCAAAGGAGUAUCCCCUGAACGUAGGCGAGAAGCCUCCUCAGGUCAGAAGACGUGUGGGUACUGCCUUCAAAUUAGAUGACAACUUGCUGCCGAGUGAAGAGGAUCCUGCUUUGCAAGAACUGGAGGGUAAUUUUCUGAUACAACAAAAGCUGGUGGAAGCUGCAAAGAAACUUGCCAAUGAGCCAGACCUUUGUAAAACUGUGAAGAAAAAGCGAAAGCAAGAUUACACAGAUGCAGUGAAAAAGCUUCAGGAGAUUGAAAAUGCAAUAAACGAAUACCGAAUUAGGUGUGGAAAGAAACCCAGCCAGAAAGCAGCAGUGUUACCAGAAGACAUAAUCCCCUCAGAGAGUAGCUCUUUGUCUGACACCACCACCUUUGAUGAUCCCAGUGACGCCUUCACUCUUGCUGGGCAGCGAUCAAGUUCAGUACCUCAUUCUCCAAGAAUUCUUCCCCCCAAGUCUCUUGGUAUUGAGCGAAUCCAUUUCAGAAAGUCGUCCAUCAAUGAACAGUUUGUGGAUACCAGGCAGUCCAGAGAAAUGCUGUCGACACACAGCAGCCCUUACAAAACUCUGGAGAGGCGGCCCCAGGGCGGACGAAGCAUGCCCACCACGCCAGUUCUUACCCGAAACGCCUACAGCAGCAGCCACUUGGAACCCGAAUCUUCCUCUCAGCACUGCCGCCAGCGGAGUGGAAGCCUGGAGUCCCAGUCCCACCUGCUCUCCGAGAUGGACAGCGAUAAGCCAUUUUUCUCCCUCUCCAAAUCCCAAAGAAGCAGCAGCACAGAAAUCCUCGAUGACGGGUCUUCUUAUACAAGCCAAUCAAGCACAGAGUAUUACUGUGUGACACCAGUUACAGGCCCCUAUUACACCACCCAGACCCUGGACACUCGCACCAGGGGUCGGAGGAGGUCAAAGAAACAGAAUGUUUCUACUUCAAAUUCAGGAAGCAUGCCCAACCUAGCACAAAAGGAUAGUCUGAGGAAUGGUGUCUACUCAAAGAGUCAGGAGCCACCGUCUUCCAGUUACUACAUUGCCGGGUACACGCCCUAUGCAGAGUGUGACUUUUAUUACAGUGGUAGUUAUGUCUAUGAGAAUGACACCGAGGGACAGUAUAGUGUCAACCCUUCCUACCGGUCCUCAGCCCACUAUGGAUAUGAGCGCCAGAGGGACUACAGCAGAUCCUUUCACGAAGACGAGGUUGACCGGGUACCCCAUAACCCAUAUGCAACUCUCCGGCUGCCAAGAAAGGCUGCCGCAAAAUCGGAGCACAUCACCAAAAACAUCCACAAGGCCUUAGUCGCCGAGCACUUGCGUGGCUGGUACCAGCGGGCCACUGGGCAGAAGGAUCAGGGGCACAGCCUGCAGACCAGCUUUGACUCAGACAGGGGAUCACAGAGAUGCCUGGGGUUUGCGGGGCUGCAAGUACCUUGUUCUCCAAGCAGUCGUGCAUCCUCCUACUCUUCAGUGUCUUCUACAAAUGCUUCUGGGAACUGGAGGACCCAGUUAACCAUAGGGCUGUCGGAUUAUGAGACUCCAGCACAUUCUUCUUACACCAGCUGCUAUGGCAAUGUCUAUAAUCCUUUACCCUCUCCAAGCAGACAAUACACAGAAAUCAGUCAACUGGAUGGUACAGAUGGAAACCGGCUGGAAGACAGCCUGGAGAGUAGUGAGCAGAGACUCUUUUGGCAUGAAGAUUCAAAGCCUGGAACAUUAGUCUGAACUGCAGUUGGACCUCUUGACCAAGCACUGCGUUCUCACACUAGUGUGCCUUGCAAAUCGUAUUCGUCUUCCGAGAGGAUGUUCGUUUUAGAAACCUAAAGACAUCAAAGGUUGAAGAGAAGACUUAGUUGCCCUGGAAGUGAAUCAGUGAAUCACACAUGAAGCCCCACAAAGCCCCUGAAGGAGGAUUUGGCCUUUCAAACUCUAGGCACUAACCUAACUGCAGGGUCUGCCCACGUGUUGAAGUACUGCCAAGAGAGGACUCAGUGUGAAGCCUUCAUCAAUAGCAAGCACUUUUUAAGGGAAUAAAAGAUGUUAAAGGCAAACCUCAAAACCAUGAAAGGGCGUUCAGGAUGUCCCAUGGCAAUAAAGACAGGGGAAAUCUCAGAGCACAAUUCAGCAGGAUGAGAGAAAGGGAACCAGAAGCUCCGGAGUCAUUGCUCACCUCACAGAGUUUGAAUUCGCGAGCUGACAAAGAAUAACAUGCUCUUUCUACACAGACAUGGACAAUUUAGACAGUACUGGAGAAUUACUUGAAGCUGGAUUUUCAUGAAGUUCUGAAUGAGUGUAAAUGUUUUUUAGGAUAUUAUAAAGAGUGGUGUUUUUCAUAAGUACCAUAAAAUGGGUUCUGGAAAAACUUAUUACCAUAGCAUCCUGUAAUAUAAUUUAUGGUAGCAGAUUGGGGAAAAUGAAGCAGCCCACUGAAUAAUUGACAGAGUCUGCUUGGAGAAUGUUCUAAGGUACAAUAUCAUUGAGCUCCUUUUUCCUUUCUCCACUAAUUGCAUGAUGAGCUAUUGUUCUGGCUGGUAAUUCUCCAACUCGGCUGUCAUUUGAAGUGGCAGACUUAAUAUGGAAAAUUUUUAUAAUUAUCAGUUUGUAAAAGUAUUUUAAGAUGAUACAGAAGGCAUCCAAAACAACAGAAGAAAAAAAAAAAAAGCCACGUCAUUUUAGAUGAAUUGCGUGCCUUAAAAUGGUGAACAUUAGAAAAUUAAACAAGUCUGGAUUCCACAAGUAGUUCCAAGUCACCAAGUGACAAAAACAAGGUUAACGUUAAAAAACAACAACAGCAACAACGACAAAAAACUCCAAGCUGCAGUGGAUUUAAUUAUGAGGCUAAAACUACCUCAUACUUUCCUGGGAAGAACUAAUUAGCUAUGGUUUAUUGUAGGGUUUUGUUUGUUUGUUUUUUAAAGCAAAUUAUUUCCAUAUUCCAGUUUGAUCUUUUUUGUCAUCUUUGUUUCAAAAUUCCAUAAAAGGUGCUCCUUUCCCCCCUCUUUUAUACAAGUUUCUUGUUCAUAUUGUGAAUAGAAAAGUUUCUGAACAACUUUUUUGGAACAUUUUCUAUCUAUAUUCCAAAGCAUGUAAUAUAUACAUAAAAAUGAUUUGUUAAACUGGUCCUUAGUCAUUUGUAUAAUUAGAAAUGAAGUUUGGGGAAAAAUUUUGGAAAAACAAGCAAAAAAAUAACUUAUUCCUUUUUUGCAUAUUUGUAUAGCCUUCUAGAAACAGAAAUAACCCUUUUGCAUAUUCUUUUAUUGUUCUGACUUUUCAAGACCUAUUAUUUUUUUACAUAGGUCAAUAAACGAAAGGUGUGCUACUGAAAAUGUUUACGUAUUCUUCCAUUUAUGUCAGGGCUUCAUGUCAAGCAGGUCGCAGUGUUCUACUUUGAGUAAUCAUACUAGGCAAGAUUUCGGAUUUUUAGUUAUAGUAUUACCAUGUUUUAUUAAUUCCAGGUUGUACAUUUUUAAAUAUUUACAUUUGAAAACAGGGUUCAUCUUUUGAUUGACGGCAUAUUCUACUUGAAUUGGCAGUUUUUUCUUAAUAGUACAUUAAAAAAUAAUGCUGUGUCUUACAAUAAAGUUGCCUUAGAAUUGA